ACUGUUAUGUAGACGUGAAUGAAUAGAAAAUGGCAGCGACGGGCAUGUGUUCAUCUAUUUCGCGGCGAAUUUUUUCUUCCCUUAGAACUUCUAAUGGCAUGUUUUCAUCUAAAAACAGACUGUAUCCAAGAUUUAUGUCAACGACAGCAACAGACUCUGAAUCUAAACCUCCGGAGGUAGCUGAAACAACCGAGUCCAACCCACAAGAACACAGUGCAUUGCUAGAAGCAAAUGCAAAAUUAGAGAAAGACUUCAAAGAAUUGGAGGAUAAGUAUAAAAGGGCUCUCGCAGAAACUGAAAAUGUACGGAACAGGAUGCAGAAACAGAUAAAUGAUGCGAAGAUAUACAGCAUACAGGGCUUUUGUAAAGAUCUGCUGGAUGUAGCAGAUGUAUUGAAUAAAGCCGGAGAAGUUGUUCCUAAAGAUGAAAUCCAUAACGAGAAUCCACACCUGAAAAACUUGUAUGAAGGAGUUAUUCUGACAGAAAAAGAAAUGUUGACUGUGUUCCGCCGUCAUGGAUUGGAACAGAUAGCUCCAAAGGAAGGAGACAAGUUUGAUCCUUUUUUGCAUGAUGCACAGUUUCAGAUUCCAGUGCCUAACAUGGAGCCAGGAACAAUAGGAGCUAUUAUGAAAAUUGGUUACAAGUUACAUGAUCGCACUAUAAGACCUGCUCUUGUAGGUGUGGUGAAGGAAUAAAGAUUUUCAUGGAACAAUAAUGAUUAAAGACAGCGGUUUAAUGACAUAUAUAUCAUUUCUUAAUAGUAGUUUAUGUACAUGAACUUGAUAUUAUGAGUUAAAUGUUUUCCUUUCUUUCUUAUUAUUUAAUUUGAAGUUGGCUGUAUUUUUGGUUAAACAGAAAUGAUAAAGUCAAGCAAAUGCUGGCUGAUUUUUUAUGCUGUACAAGUAUCUUGAGCAGUAUUUUCUUGUUAUAUUAUAACAAAGGAAAUGGGAACAUUGGAUAGAACAGCUUUGUUGGAAAUUAUAACAUCACAAUAUCGCAGAAUUAUAUGAAUUAAAAUUUUUAAUGUGCUUAGGCAGCUUAGCUUCUCUCCUGGUCAUCUCACGUCCUUAAAUAUAUAUAAGCUUCUUUCCAUUGUUAAAUUGUUGAUGGGGUUGCUAUUGCUGCAUCUCUGUGCCCGGAUCAAGCAUGGAAAUUACAAUACGUGUAUGACCAAGGAUAUGACCUACAACCUAAGAAAGUUCAAUAGCAGGACAACCUAUAAAAAGUAAUGCAAGUGGUCCUCUUCUUCGUCGAGACGUGACGUACAGGUUUAUGAAAAGUAUUUUAAAGGAGCAACUUUGUAUCAUUGCAAAAUAAAGAAAAUUUGAU